GUAUCGCUAUCGCUGUAAAUUUCACACUACCCAAUUAAGUUUCUUUGCGCUUGUUUUAUACUUUAAUUUACAUCACCCUAAACCGUAAUUUCCUGGCAGUAAAAUUAACGCUUCGGCCAUUAUUCACGUGAAGCUUCAAUGCGUUUACCUAUCUAACUGUGAAAAAAAAAGUGAGCACCCGUAAUCUUGCCAAUACCCGCUUUCCUGUCAAAUAAUUUACGUUCGGCUACGUGGCAUGACAAAAUACAGGCAAUUUGGCGUCGCGGGCACGCAUUAUCAAUGACAUGUCAUUUGCGACGGUGCGUAUGCGUAUGCGCAUGUAGCAGCGUGGCGACGGCGGCGGCGGCGGCGCUGCGCUUGCACAGUGUAAUUGCAAUUAUACGAGCGCAUCGUAAGCAUACAAAGUUUUCUAGACAAUUUACUUGCUCCUUUCUCAAUUUAGCUACGAUCCGUCUGCAUAGCGCACGACUAUUAGCGGGCCGGGCUGCGCGGGCGCAGAGUCGGCUGGAAACGGCCCCCGAUCACGAGCCCAGUAAUUCAUGCAAAUCUAUACGAUGUAAAGUAUCUAAUUCGAUCGGUCUGAAACAAAAACAAGCCUUAAUGUUUAGGUGGGCCCGGCUACUGAGCAGCGGGAAGCCUUCAUUACGCGCACAAUCAAAUCUGUCUACGACGGGCUGAGCAGCGGAGUGGUGAAACAGCGACUGCGGAGCAGAUCGGCACUACGGCAGCGGAGUGGCAGAGCAACGGCAGCGGAGUGGCAGAGCGACGGCAGCAGAGUAGCAGUUCCGCGGCAACGGAGUAGCAGAGCGACAGCAGCGGAGUAGCAGGGCGACGCAGCUGGCAACAUGAUGUGACGCCACCUCCACGCAAAACACUGUAGAACCAUACUCACUUGCUCUUUUUCAGAUGCGAACCCGCCAACGCUAAACAUGCCGGCCGAGGAAGAACCGGGGGCGGCGAUGGAGGGCCGCGAGUGCGCCGACGGCUCCCCGCAGCAGUUCUGCCUGCGCUGGAACAACUACCAGAGCAACCUGGCCAGCUGUUUCGACCAGCUCCUGCAGACCGAGUCCUUCGUGGACGUGACGCUCGCGUGCGAGGGCCAGAGCCUCAAGGCGCACAAGGUGGUGCUCUCCGCCUGCAGCCCCUACUUCCAGACGCUGUUCAUGGACAACCCAUGCCGGCACCCCAUCAUCAUCAUGCGCGACAUCAAGUACUGCGACCUGAAGGCGGUGGUGGACUUCAUGUACCGCGGCGAGAUUAAUGUGUCCCAGGAUCAGAUCACGGCGCUGCUGAAAGUGGCGGAGAUGUUGAAGAUCCGCGGGCUGACGGACGUGAGCGGAGAGCACGGGGUGCUGCGAGCCGGGGGGCUGUCGGCGGGGCCCGGGGGGGAGCCGCGGGUGCCCAAGCGGCCGGUGAGCAGGGCCGAGGAGACGCCGGCCAAGUCGCGCCGCAGCUCGCCCGGCAUGAGCCCGACGCCGCGCCGCACGCCGCCCGCGCCGGGGCCCACGCCGCCCGCGCCGCCCGACGCGCCGCCGCCCGCGCCGCUGCACGCCGACGACGUGGACAUCCGCCCCGGCAUCGCCGAGAUGAUCCGCGAGGAGGAGCGGGCAAAGUUAAUGGAAAACUCUCACGCCUGGCUCGGCGCAUCGACAUCAUCUAUAGCAGCAGACAGCUACCAGUACCAGCUGCAGUCCAUGUGGCAGAAGUGCUGGAACACCAACCAGAGCCUGGUCCACAACUUGCGCUUCCGCGAGCGCGGGCCGCUGAAGUCCUGGCGCCCGGAGACCAUGGCUGAAGCCAUCUUCUCUGUCCUGAAGGAGGGGUUGUCACUGUCGCAAGCUGCCAGGAAAUAUGACAUCCCGUACCCGACGUUCGUGCUGUAUGCCAACCGAGUUCACAACAUGCUGGGGCCCAGUGCCGACGGCGGAGCAGAUUUAAGGCCGAAGGGUCGCGGGCGGCCGCAGCGCAUCCUGCUGGGAGUGUGGCCCGACGAGCACAUCCGCGGCGUGAUCCGCGCCGUCGUGUUCCGCGACACGCACGCCCCGCACCCCGCGCACCCGCCGCUACCCUCGCACCACAUCAAGGAGGAGGCCCUGCCCGUCUUCCCCGCCAUCACGGACGGCAUGACGGUGGUGCCGCCGGCGUACGGCGCCGUGCCGUGCGGCAACGGGCGCGAGGGCGGCGUGUCGCCCAGCGCGGCGGCGGCGGCGGCCGUGGCGGCCGUGGCGCACGGGCUGCGGCGGCAGAUGUGCAACAUGGUGGUGGCGGCGCAGCGGCCGGCCGAGCACGCCGCGCACCUGGGCCUGCCGCCGCUGCCGCUGCAGUCGCCGCGGCUGCCGUCGCCCAUGUCCUCGGGACUGGAGUCUCCGCUUUGCUCGCCGCCGCCGCCGGGCCACGCACUCGAGCCGCCCAAGCCCAGCGACGCGUACCGCCCGUUCGCCUCGCCGCGCCCCGACAGCCGCUACUCCGUGUCCGACGUGCGCGACCUGGUUGAGCCGGAGAUGGGCCCGCCCAAGACCCCGCUGGGCCUGGCCAAGAACGGCAAGGAGCUGUCCACGGUGGUGCCGGUGAAGAUGGAGCCGCCGGGCGUGGAGGCGCGCGCGGAGCACAUGUGAAGCGCGGCGGCGGGCGCGGGCCCCGCCCCCCCGCACGCCCCGCCGCCGCCGCCGCUGCCCGCCUACCCCUACUUCGUGCCCAACCGCCACUCCGUCGGGUACUUCUAGGCGCCGAGUACGAGCUGUCUCUGCACCUACACCUCUCCGCAGACGACACAUAUUUAAUCAUGUUUAUUAUAUUGGCAUUAUUUUAUAUUAUAAAUACCUACUAAUUAUUAUUUAAAGAAGACUAGCUGUGCAAUAUUGCUUGUUAUUUAAUAUUGAGUUAUAUAAGAAGAAAUAAUAUUUUUAGUUUAUGACUAUUUUUUGUAUACGUUAUUAUACUGUUUUAGUUCUCCCAAAUAAGUUGGUAGCAGCGUAUUGAGCUGCUAAUUUGUUUAUUGAUGAUGUAUAUAGCCGCGGGAGGCCCUCCUCCUCGCUUAGACCCGCUUCAUGUGGUUUCCCAAUCUACGCAUAAGUAGAUUGUCGAUCUUAAUAUAUUAACAUUACAUAAAUUUAUAGUAAUUAGAUCCAUUGCUAUUGUAGGGAGAUCAAAAAUUAAACGAUUCGGCCCGUUUCAAAAAAGACUGUUUGGUAUACCUAUUCAUUAAAUGUAGAAACAUACCUAAUAUGUAAGAGAAUUAAAAAUUGUGUGUAAUUGAGGUACCCACCCCUGACCCCUGGUCAGUAGGCCUGCGCUGGGCGGGCCGCGGUGGGUGCCAUCAUGUCACUAUUUGUCUUUGUGUAGUUGUGGAGGUCGCCCAAUGGCGUCCUCCCAGUAAAUGAUAAGUUCAUGAUAGCCAGUAGUGAUGGGCGCCCGGGCAGGCCCCAACCACCUCGCCUCGGCGCUCCAUCGCCCAUACUUGUCUAUAUUAACCAACACGUGCAAGUCUGUGCAUCAUUGUAAUCAUAGCAAUAGCCACGGUUUGGCUAUUGUUAUCUUUAUCAAGAAGGUUCUAUACCAUUUAGAGGCUACUAAGCCAAAAGGCGGUCUGGUAUUACGCAUUUGUCUUUCUGGUAGCACCUCCGUACAGGCGCAGUAUGUAUGUGAAUGCUUCUUAAAUUAUGAGCAUUGUUCUCGGAGGUCUAUGUUGCAUGUCGAUUAUCGAAUCAUGCAGUAGAAGUCAGAUCCUGAGACCUGCUUUACUACGACUACAAGUAGCUAGUUCAUACGUUUCAAAUUAUACUUUAGAAUAGCUUAAUGUAUCAAUGUGUAGCAAUCGAUCAGAUUUAACCAUGUUGAUGACAUUGAAAUGUCACAAAGAUAACAAGUCUUCAAGCCAAGCUCGGUUACUUAGCUGAACACUCACAAGUAAUGAGCUUUAAAUAUAUUUUUGUGAUCAUUUAGUGUUGUUAGUGUGAUGUUAAGAACUUAAAAUGUACAAAUUUGUUUUAAUAUCUUCUCUGACUCGAAGUAAAUUACUUUUUUAUUAUAUAUUUGGCGUAAAAUUAUUGUAGUAGGAGUUUCUUGUCACAGGGGUAUACCAUUUCCUUAUACAUUGUUGGCAGCAAUUCGUUGGCGAUUUGUUCAGUGUUAACAAUUUUUGGUGGGUUGAGGCUGGGCGGCUCGCGUGGGUCCGACGCACGCUCGGCCCACAUGAGGCCACGCACGGCCCACACGCGGCCACGGCACGCUUGGGCCACGGCGCGCGCGCCCACGCCCGCCGCCGCAGCCUGGCAAGUCGCGUCGCAGAUAGUAUCGAGAUGUAUUUGUAAAAUAAGUCUCCAAGUGGCCUUGAUACUUCACUAUUAUUUGGGGUUCGGAUAAACGUUUCGGUUAAAGUUUGGAAUUAGUGUGUAAAGAAAAAAAAGACCAAUUAUGAAAAGAAAUACAAUUGCAACUCAAAUUUAGUGUUGAGACUAUUUGGCUAUCCUUUUGGAAAUAAUAUAUAAUCUAGGAAAAUUUUAAAAUUAAAAAAAGUUAUAUAAUGGCCUACCUUUCGGAUAAAUUGCGUAAAUUUUGGUAAAUGUUGUUACGCAUAUUUUCUAAUUGUCUAAGUCUAGGCUAAUGUGUUCAAAAAAAAUGUAAAAAUUUAAAAUUUUGAAAAAGUAGAAAGUGCCUUCCAAAUUUUUGACCACAGUGAGAGUUGGGAUGGGUGCGGCGAUGAACAGCUUGGCGCGCCGAGCGGCGCGAGCAGUGGCGGGCCGGCCAAGCAGCGCCGCGCCGGCCAAUCCGUGCCGGGCCGGCCAAGCGGCGUCGGCCGCGGGAUGCUUGGCCGUCCGCGCCUGUUAGCGCCGCUCGGACGCUGUGUCAACGUGCUUAGCUAUAAAAAAAGUUUAGAUUAAUAAAUUCAAAAUUAUUAUUAUAAAAAAAGUUGAAAACAUUGACUAUACAUAUAUAGAAAAAUUGAAAUUUUAUAUUUGGCCGAUAUGUGGUAAUACCCUGACAGGCAAGCGUUUGUUGUCGAUUAGGUGUCAAAAUUAAUUAUAUUUUUUUUAAAUGGUUACUGACUAAAAUUGGAAUACAACGCAGAAAUUGCAACGUGCCAUUAGUUUGAACUGAAUCUUUGCGGUUCAUUUCGUCUUACUUGUGGAUUUGUAGUUAUAAUUAUUAAUUUAUUGGAAAAUAUAUAACAUUUCGAAUACCUACAUUGGUUAAUAUAAGUAUACCUACCUAUAUUAUUUUCGUGAUAGUUAAGUAAUAUUUUACACGUAGUAUUAUUGUCUAUUGAGGCGGUUUUGGUUUGUAAUUUAUAAAUAUAGACAUUAAUUUAUUACAUACCUAAUAUAAAUAGUUAUGAAUUAUAACUGGCGACUAUGUCUUACUACAUGACACCACAGUAUACUUUUUAUUAUUAUUUUUGUGAUAUUUUUUAUUAUGUUUUAUAAAAAGAACAAUGAUUUGUUUCUCAAUCUACAUUUACUAUUAUUAUAAAAUAUGGUAAUUAUUUAUAAAUGACAAUUACGUAGUUACAGCAGAUAAUUAUUCUAUAUUAUCUUGAUUCAUUAUGAUUUGAUGAUUCUCACAACCACCUCGUGAGUCAGAAGCGAGAAUGAAGCUAUUGGCUUGUGCUAAUGGCGUUACUAAAAUAUGUAUCUGCAACCUUUAACCAUAAGAUUAAUUGAUGUUAAAAAUACAAUCAUAUAAAUGUAGAGUAUAUAAUUAUAAUAAUAACUGUUGAGGUAACAGUAUGAUCUAUUCUAUCCAUCGCUUCGACUCCUAAACGUUCUAGAUUGCAUAUCAUUAGCCACAUCUCAUUAAUUUAGACAUAGGUACAUACCUACAAGUGAAAUUCUAGUUUUCUGUCUGUGAUUCAGAAAAUCAUAAUUUAUAUUCCCGCUUCUUGAACGGUAUCUAAGCAUAACAAACGGCUUGACGUCAGUUUAAUUGUCCCGAUUUGCUUCGGACCUAAAAUAAGUAUACUUAUUUAUUUGAUACUUGAUUUGUAUUUAACUAGUUUUGAAGUUUUUGUGAAAUAGUACUGUAGGAACGACACGAGGUGACAAAGUCGAAGUGGGUUGAUGUCCGACUGUUGAUGUAUGUACCAGGUAUAGGCAGCUUCAUCAUAAUGGUCGAGGGAAAGGAAGCUAACCCAAGGUACCGAAAGCCACCUGAAUAACAAAACACAUUUAAGGUGUUUUAUUUGUAACAAAAAUAUAUUUAAUUACUUGUUUAAGUACCUACCUACGUAAAGUGCAUCAAUUAACGGGGCAUAAACUACUCGACUUCAUUAAAUAAAUAUUAAUUGAUUUUAAUGUAUCAUAGUAAGUUGCAAUAAAGAUUGUCGUUAAACUGAUUAUGUUACUGAGUACCUAUUCAAUUAUUGUUGUUUUAAGAUUUGCAUUAAUUUAAUUAUCAACCUACUUAUUUAACUUUUGUUCCUAAUGAUUAAAUGUAACUGCAGUGUUAUAUUCACCGUCGAUGUAUUAUUAUUAUGAAUCUGUAUUGAGUAAAUGAUCUUUUGAAUGUACGCAGACAUUAUGAGAUAGAUAGCCAAACAUGUUGAUGUCUGUUUUGUGUCAAGUACAAUGUAUUGAUGUUUCGUCCUCAUUUCAUCAACUUAUCAUUAAAUAUUAUAUCGAUACCAGUGUAAUAGACAGUUUUCGGGAUUCCCCGAUUUAGUUUACCGUAUUAAGUUUAGUAACUUCAUGCGAUCGAUGUAUUCAUGUCUCAAAUGCAAACAUUAAGUAAUUAUUAAGUUCGUUAUUGUCACCGUGUACCGUUGUCUGAAUGAAUAUGUAAAUUUAGAUCAAA